CGUCGUCUGGCCAUCAUCGUACACAGCGCAUAGCAUAGAGGGUGGAGAAGGGAUAAUGUGUGUUAUUUGUGCUGGGCUGACUAUGUGAUGAAGCAAAGCGAUCCGAACUGACAGCUCUAGAUGUGCGACGGUAUUUGAAUUCAUCGGAAAAUCUGCGGAUUUCCAGGAGAUCCAGUGCAAUAUUAUUGAGGAUGAAAGUGAGCAAAAGUACUGCUGCGGUGCAAGAGUGAAAUGAAGUUCGCUGAUAAGGUCGGAGUUUGUGUGCUUUUAUUGAAUUUGUUUAUCAGCGAGGAUCGGGCUGUGAAAAAAUAUGUCGUCUCAGAAUAUGGGCCUGGAAGAAAGCAGAAAAAGAUGGCUAUCAUAAGCGGAGGUUGUCGUGUGUUGCAGUGAUGAUUAGAAUCGAAUUUUUACGUGUUGUAUUUGUUGUUGCUGACUGGCAACUCCCAGAAAAGGAGUUUUUUUUCGUGAGCACCCCAUGGGAUUACUGCGGACCGAGCUGGGACUUCAAAAAAGAUAAUCACAAUCUACAUUGGAAAGUACUUCCCCCAGCUCCGACGGGAACGACGUUAUCAGGCCGACUUCAACGCGUCCAUCUUGGCUCUUGGCUCUAAUUGUGAUGUGUUGUGUGGACCGACGGACCGACGUUAAUUUUGAUUGAUUCGGUGACAGCAGAAACACAUGACAACUGGCCGUUUUCUGUUUUGUACCGCCACAUACACGCCUCCUCCGCCAAUGCCUUCCGAAAUUAUCUUCCAUCGAAUAGCAGUAUCGAUGAUGCUUUCGUUGGGACCAAACCGUGACCUGCGCGUCGUGCUUUCAGCCAGUAUAAACCAUCGGAAUUUGUAAUCGGUCUGAGAGAAACAAAGCAAGAAAAAAGUGUGUGCAAAACCACUCUCGGUAUCAGAACAAUGUACUGAAUUCUGUGAUAGUAAAAUGUUUUAGUUUAAUGUGCGCGCGGGUAGAUUAGCGAAAAUGAAUCAUUGUGAGUCGAAAUAAAUGGACGCGCGCCGUGUUGUGCUGUGUUGUUUGUUGAUGUGUUGUGCGUGAGUGAGGGGAAAGAGUGUCGGAUUUCCCGCAGGGAAAUCGAAAAAAUCCAAAAGCCAUUCCUUCCAGUUGUUCGAUCAUGUCGGAUGUGAGCAAAUGCCAAGUGUAUAUCUAUCAGAAAGAGAGUUUUAUCGACGUAACGGUCAGCGAGGGAGACACCUGCGAGGAUCUCUGUUCGCAACUAUGCAAGCGAUUCGGAAUUGGACCGCUGGUGCAGCUGCUCGUCGGUCUCCGGAAUUACGACGAGCGCUGGUUUCUGCCGCCAUGUGCACGCCCCCAGGCCGGCAGGAAGUACGAGUUUCGGGUCCGAUUCAAGAUCCCCAAACUGUCGAAUUUGAAGACCCUGGACCGGGCUCUGUUCAACUACUACUACUACCAGCUGCGGCACGACCUGCUCCGCAGCAAAAUCAGCGAGAUCGAGCACGACGAGUACAAGAACAAAAUACUGGGCUAUGUCGUCAACGAUAUGUACCGGAAGAUGGUCGAGGAUGGUGUGAGCGUAACCGAUCUCAAGCGCACCUACGAGGAGUACAUCCCGCGGAAGAUCAACAAGGAGCACUCGCUGUUCUUCUUCAACUGGGCGCGCUCGAAGGUGUUCAACUCGCUGAAUAAGAUCUGCUACAGGGAGCAUGAUGCGGACUAUGUGAAAAGUGUAUAUAUUGAUGAUAUCGAUAAUAUUGCGCCCGGGUAUCUCUAUGAGGAGUACAACGGAAGCAUACCGUACCCGAAGGACGAUGGCAUACUGAAGACGGGCAAGUGUCGAGUCAAGGUCAAGUUUGUGCCAUACCUUCAGAAGCCUCCGAAGGGUGCAAAGACGGGGAAGAACGUACCGAAGGAUGAUGGUGAUGCUGUGCCCGGGCUGAAGGUGUUCUAUUCGCGUGAGUGGAUACAUGUUGCGAAUAUCGACGAAAUUUUUACUAUACUAGUAGAAGGCCUGACGGUGAACAUUUCACUGAAAGAUCAGUCGAACCUAUACUCGAUAGACUUUAGCAGUCAGACUGAAUUAGACUCGUUUGUAACGUGUUUAGCUGGUUACUAUAGAUUAAUGUGUAAGUGGACUGUAUAUCUUUGUAAACCUUAUCUGUACUCACCAUCGUUGAAUAGACUGACGGAGCUCAAAUGCCAUGGUCCUAUAGGAGGAAAGUUCUCCUACCGCAAGAUAGCAGAGAAGAAUAGCAGCGUCGGUGCUAAUAUCGUACGUCAGUGCGAGUUGUAUUACGACACGUACUACGUAGAUAUACUAGAACGCGAAAACCAAAUGAAGACUUAUAAGCUAACCUACGGCCACAACCGCUGGCAUGUGCAUCGAGACGCGGGCGAAGUCAGUACCUACGACGAACUACUGAACGCGCUGAGGAAUCUGAAUCCUGACAUUAGGAACCUGUACCGGCUGUCGCCUACCGAACACGACAAGUCACCGAAUCUGCUGCUUUGCAUUCCGCAGAGUGAGAUGAACACGAAGCGGUUGAUGCGGGACGCCCACGAGAUGCGCCAGGUACGGCCGCAGAUCAUAAACGCGGCCAAGGAGUUGGUCAUCAAUCGAAACGCGCUGAAGAACGAAGGCGAUGGGUUCUUCGAGCGAACCAGAGCUGAGCUAUUACUGCCGAAUAAUAGCAAAACUACGGUUACGUUACGAUUGUUGAGGAACGACAAAAAGGAUGAGUUCUUGAGUGAUUUUCUCCAGCUGGCUGACUUCUGGUCCGGCCUGGACUCGAUGGACAUCGUCAAGCUGUACGGCGUAACCCUGUUCAAGCCCAUCUCGAUGGUGCUCGAAAGCUCCCGGGAUGGUCCGCUGGAUGAGUUCCUCCGGCGGCACAGGCACAUUUCGCUGUCCUCGCUGAUAGAGGUAGCCCACUCGUUGGCGCGCGGCCUGUACUACCUGCAGGAGAAUGGACUCGUUCAUGGUCGCAUCCGGUGCGCAUCGAUGCUGGUUACCACGUACGAUCGCAACGAGAAUCGACUGAUUGCGAAGCUGGGCGACCCCGGGUUGCGUCAGCAGCAGCAAUACACGGAGAAGGAUUUGCUGUGGAUUCCGUUGGAGUACCACGAGCUAGGUCAGAGGGAGGUGCAAUUGUUAAAGCAGGACUUGAAGGCAGAUAUUUGGGCCUGCUCGACUACGUUGUGGGAGAUUUUCAGUCGGGGGAAGCGAUUGAUGGUGCAGGAUGCGAAACAGUUUAUCGCCAGUGGGCAUCGGUUACGGGCGCCACCGGAGUGCGAUGACAUCAAGGAGAUCUAUCAGUGUAUGUACAAUGGAUGGUUGGCCGAUCCGGACAAGAGGUUCGCUCCGCAGAUGAUCAUAUCCAAGCUGGUGCAAGCGAAGCAAAAAAGUAGCUACUGUGUAAUAGGUCACAACCGCCUGAACGGAACAACGAAAUCAACCAAUGGUUCUUACUCGAAGCAGAGUAUUUUGUCGAUAGAAACUGAGUCCACUUUGUUGCACUCCCGAACGGAUGUCUCAAGUUCGUCGUACGUGAAGUACAGUAGCGAUUGCGAAGUCGGUAGCAAUGCCUCGAGCGAGUGCAGUUCACAGCCUCUGAUUUCGAACGGUGGAUCUAGUCAAUUCAGCGCCGGAUCGAGCAAUGGCUGGGAUCAGGAGGAGGCGAAUGAGUUUAUGUACGACUGUCCCGACUUUAUCGAGCUGCCCUAUGGGGCGAAGGUGAUCUUCCAGGGUGAACUUGGCCAGGGUCAUUAUGGCAAGGUUUACCGGGGCUGUAUCGACGAUGGAAACUAUUCGCUCGAAGUCGCGCUGAAAACGAUAAACAAUUUUGCGAACGCGUUGGAUUUGGACAAGGCCGUGAAAGAUUUUAAACGCGAAGUGUCAAUUAUGAAAUCGUUGAAUCACAGGAACAUUGUUAGGUUUAUCGAUUUCAUCGACGAACCGCAUAAGCUAAUCGUGGUGAUGGAAUUUGUCGAGAAUGGUUCCCUGCUGGAUUACUUGAGCUAUAAGCGGUACGAUUUGACCAAGUCGAAUCUGUUGAGGUUUGCCAAAGAUAUUGCCAACGGUAUGAAUCAUCUGUUCGAGAGAAAAAUAAUUCAUCGGGAUCUUGCUGCUCGCAAUAUUUUAGUGCAGAGCAGAGACUGUGUGAAGAUAUCCGAUUUUGGGCUUGCGCAAGUCACCGAUGGAAACAAUUACUAUGUGGCACAAAGUAGUCGACAUCUGCCAAUCAAAUGGUAUGCACCGGAGACGUUGUGUACGCAGAAGUACUCCUUCCAGUCGGAUGCUUGGUCCUACGGUGUCACACUGUACGAAAUGUUUACUUUUGGUGAAACACCGUACCCGGAGCAUGAUAUCAUUAGCGGGGACCAGUUGUAUGCUUUGAUUGUGCAUGAUAAUGUUAGGUUGAAAUUGGGUGGCAACGACCGAGACGUGUAUGAACGCUUGAUGGAUCCUUGCUUCAACCUGGAUUCCCGGCAGCGCCCGAUGUUCGUGGAACUAUUGAAAAAAAUAGAGGAACUCAUCGAUCAGUACGGCGAAAUGAUUUAACCACUAUGCGUAAGUUGGCUGGAAAGCGUAAACUCUAACGGUUUCGUAUAUAUUCAUUUUAAAAUGUUCAACAAUGCAGCAAAGCGUAACUUAAAGCAUUAGUUUCUAGGCUAGGGCAAUACUUUAGACAGAAGAAAAACAACACUUUUUCUUUUCUGAUUACGUACUACAAUUUUAUGAGAUGCACUUUUUUCUGCACGCGAUUGCAGUUUUUAGCUAAUCAAAUUUCACGUUUACAAAGAAUAAUACGUUUAACUCAAAACAAAGCACACUCACGUGAUUGUUGUUGUCGCUGGUCAAUUUUUUAAAUUGUAAAUAUAUAUAUAUGUAGCUUAACGUUUAAAAAACAAUUGAAACAAAAGAUGGAAAAAAAAACUUACGAAAACAUUAAACCGUGUCCGUUUAACUAUGGAUAUGUGUCUUAAACAAAAAUAGUUGUUACUAAAAUCUACAUUAACCGGAGCAUUGUGCGCCUUCGAUCUUGACUUUUUAGCGAGUAAUUCAUGUUAAUUGACUACGAGAGGACGACGGUAAGGAAAUUAGCAAAGUCAACGAAUGGAAACUAAUUCUCAAAGUGCCACCUAGAUGAGGUAUUUUCGGUUUUUACCCCGCAUCUAGAUUUAUCGAUAAACAACAAAAAAACGAAACUACUUAAGUUAAGUGAAUUUCCUUUCAGCUUAGUUAUACACUUUUCUACUCUCUCGAGCCCGUUCUUUUGCGGAUUGUCGAGCUUCCUGGGUGCGAACAAAUUUGCCUUUUUAGCAAGAAAGCAUUAGUCCUAAUCGUUAGGCCUAGCAAUUAAGCUGGCGGCUAGCCUCUGUAGCCGCCGAGAAUGUAACUUGAUGGAACUGUGUAAACACGAGCUGAUUGAUAGUGAAAUUAUGAGCGCUUGAAAACGUUUAGGUUUAAUCGUGCAAUCGGGACCCUGUUAUGAAUAUGUUUUGAAAUCGUUAUACUUUUGUAUUGAAAUGGAAAUAUUUUAUAAUUGCAACUUAUCUUAGAUAGCACAUAGUCGAGGAAAAAUAUAAAAAAAAACGGGAAUAAGAGUGAGAAGAGAUGCAAUGCGAGAAAGAGACAGAGUGUUUAUUUUAGCUUACGAUGAGCGGAUUGUGGAAUACAUGUGGGAAUCAACUUUCGGAAUUAACAUUAUAGUGUGAACGUAUAUAUUUUUUUCGAAGUGAAUCAAAAUUAUCUUUCAAUCACAUCGAUGGCAAUGUUGACUGAGAAAUUUCUAUCAUAUUGAAACCCAAGUACAGCUGUUUUUGCCGCUUCGCUGUUUUGAGUUUAGAGUAUCGUUAAAUUUCUCCGUGUACGUUAGGCCUAUGAUAUUGAAAUCGAUCGAUAAAUGAUAGUAAAAUGGAAAUGCCGCCAGUCCAUAUAAAUUGUAAAAACGUUUCCCCCUUCUCGCUGCUCCAAGUGUAGUGAUAUUAAGAUGUCUGAUGGAACUUUUUUUUCAGAGAAAAAGAAAUAUAUGAAUGUAUAUCGACGUUUUAUUCUGGAUUAUA